AGUUAAACUCAAGCAUCGAUGGCUGACAGCAGUGUAUCUUGAGAAUCGAUAAUUUAGCUAAAUUGUGAGCCAGGCUUGGGCGUUGUUUUUAUUGCAGCUAUCAGAAAACAAUUGAACUGUUAAUUAUAAACACAUAUACAUCGCUUAAAGGUGAAUUAAAGUGUGUCCAAUUCCUUUUGCAGUUGACUUUUAUUAAGCGCAAAUGACAAUUCGGUUUUGUGGAAGGAAUAUAUUGUGGCUAAUAGAGAAAAAGGGCCAGCGACUGCAUUAGUCAUUGGCAGCUUUGAAAACACACUCAAAAGUAAAUAAAGCACAGACCCUGUCCAGACUAUGUCCACAAUCGAAGAGGAGCGUACAGCGUACAUAAAUAAUCCAUAUUUUACUGGUCCCAUCUACGGCAGCUAUAAGCCGUUUUAUGUGACCAUUGCCAUUUGCACUGUUGUCCUCGGCUCGAUAAUCAUAUUAAAUAUUAUUUUGGGCUGCUGCUCCAAGCAUCGCAAGUACUGGCAAGACAGGCAUACAGGCAAUCGUUGGCUAGUUUCCAUUUGGUCUUCGACGCCACACAAGCAACCACCGCUAGACUUUACUGAGCUCAAAGACGCAUCCUAUUUCGAUCGUUUACAUCCCACGACACACCAGCAAGUGUUCUCCGACGACGUCGUCGUAUCCGUUGACGAUUUAGAGCCUGUACAUCAGCCGCAUCAUCAGCGUCCACCACGUCCACAGGGUCGUACAUUACAUCAACAGCGCCAGCGCGAAGAAUACGUUGAGCUACAGAAGCGCGAGAGCGACAUCUAA